AUGGCCGCCCUGGACGAGUUUUUCAAGCGGCUGCAGCAGCUGAGGGAAUAUGACAGCGUGCAGGAGGUGCUGGCUGACCCCUUUGCUCGGAUGCUGGCGGCCGGCGUACUGAGUGUCGUGAUGCUGCUGCUCGUCUUCUUGCAACCCUACCCGGAGGACGAGAAGAAGGGCGCCCAGAAGCGCGAGCCGCGGGGCUACACGCGGGCCGAGGUGGCGCGGCACAAGGCGGAGGACGACCUGUGGAUCAUUAUCCGCCACAAGGACACCAACAAGCUACAGGUGGGGCGGGCGGCGGCGGGUGGGGCGUGA